AUGGAGUUAUCAAAGAAAAGUACCAGCAAAACUCGGUAAAAUAAUAAUUUGCUAUUCACUGCAUCAAACAACAAAAAGAAAUAACUUUCUCAAUCCAAUGCUGGGAACUCUAAAAAAGAGAAGAAAUUUGAUGAACUUUAAUCUUUAGAUAAAAACACUAAACCAAAAAAGAUUGGGUUUUUUGACAAAUUAUUGAACCGAAAAAAAAAUCCAAAGAAGUUCAUGUAAGUAGACCCAGAACAUAAUUUAAACUUUGUGAAUAAUGAAGAGGUCAAAACUUUGGACUUAAAAAGAGGCCUAAAUAAACAUGGAAAUGAGAGUAAAAAAAAUCAGCAAGAAUUAUAAAUAGAUGCUGCUUAAUGGAAGGAUUGGCUAGAAUAAAAUAAAAUGAACUUUAGAUAGGAUAAAGAGUUGUUUCGAAAUAUUCAACAGAAAGUAUUCGCAGGUCUGCAUCUUAUGACCUAAAACGGUCGAAGAGAUGCUUGGCUUGUAAUUCUUAAUAUAGAUCCAAAUUCAUCUUAGAUCCAAGAAAUGAUUAAAGAUUAUCACCGAUAUAUUGAAGUCUAGCCAUAAGGCGAGGACGAACUCUUUCAAAAUGAGAGAGAUAUUAGAAAAGAUAUUUGUCGUACAUUCACAGACUUAGAGAUGCUUGCGCAAACAUAAUUGCAAUAUCAAGAGAAGCUCUUUAAUAUUUUAAAGGCUUACUCCUUGUAUAAUUAGCAAGUUGGAUACAUGCAAGGACUAAAUUUUGUAGCAGGAAUGAUUUUGAUUAUCAUGCAAGAUGAACCCAUUUCCUAUGUAGUCUUAAUUAAGCUUUUGGAAAAGAAUCAAUGGGAUAGAUUAUACAUUGAUUAAACUCCAAAAUUGUUUGAACUAGUCUAUAAAAUACGGCUGUAUAUUCAUCAAGACCUUCCCAAGCUUUAUAAAUACUUUGAGAGUGUGGGACUAGCUCUAGAUCCAUUACUUGCUUCUCCAUUUUUCACAUUAUUCUCUAACUUGCUAGAUAUUUCAAGUUCCUUACUACUGCUUGAACGCUAUAUGCUUCUUGAUGAGGAUUAUCUGGUAGAUAUAUUGAAGAAUCUCUUCAAGUAGUUCAAAAAUGAGAUGAUGAAGAUGGACUGCUGGGAUCUUCAGGUUUUCAUCGGUAAGCAAAUGUACCAAAGAGCUGUUGACCAAAAUACCUUUUUCUUGAAUUAUCAUGAUCGAUAUUACAAGCAAUAAUGA